GUUUCAAAAAAAAGCUUCUAAGCUACCCAAUAAAAUGUCAACACAAGCUAGUGACAGUGGUGUCAGCUCAGAUGGGACAGAUAAUACAUCACAACCCAAAUCAGAUGUACAAGUCUGCACUGGAUGUUUGUCAGUAUUUUGUAAAGUCUGCACGGAGAACCAAAAUGCAGCGCUGAAGGAAGUCGAAGAACUUCUGAAUAGGUUAGAAGUUGCUGAGUCACUGUACCCAUCCUGCAAGGCUGUAGGAGUGCAGUACCCACUGUACAAGAGCUCAGAGUUUGUAGGAAGAGUCAAGGCCAUGUGUCUUUGGUACAACAUGACUAAACAUCAGCGUCUAGUAUUAAUAAUUUUGGGCAAACUGUUGUUACGAUUAGAGUCGAAAGGCAUAAACUGGCCUCAUGUUGGUGAAGAUGAUAAUACAUCAGGCAUAGCUACUGACACAUCUACAAGUGAAGAGCCCAGCACCUCACAAGAGCAAAAUACUAGGUCCACAUCACCUCCGAGGAAGGUGAUCCCCAAGAACAAAAACAGGAUUCAAUUUGAUGUCGAAACUAGCAGUCCAUCAGAUUCAAAUAAUUCAAAUAUAUCAUCUCAUGGUUCAACAAACUCAUGUGAUGAGGAGGAAAAUGUAAUGGAAUAUUAUUCUAGUUCAAUUAACAAAUCGUAUCCUGCGACACACAGCAAAAAACCGUCGCCAAUAAAUCCAUACCGUAAAUACAUUGAAGACAUGUUGAAGACAAAAGGUCUGAGAAAAUCCUUAAAUUUUGUGGAAAAAUUACAUCGGCAUAUCCUCAUCAAAUCAAAAGCAACGCUUUGCAAACCAGUUGAAAGAGAUAAGGAACAUGAAGUAGAGUCACAAGAUAAGGGUGCAGAAUCCAGUAGCACACUUGUUAAUCCUCCAAAUUCGUGUCCUUUCAAAGGCACAUCUUUUGAGUUACCAGAACAUGAACAAGAAGAACUGUCUCGCUAUGGGUACUGGAGCGCAGAAGCACGCAGUUUGCAUUUACCUUCAUACCGUUCUGCAUUUCUUUUCUUGUCUCGAAUUCCUUUGGAAAUCAUUCAUGAAUUUUUACGUAUGCGACUCGAACAGAAACCAGAAAACCCUUCAGCUUUGUGUAUUCGACAGUUAAUGCGUGAAAUGAAGGAGGGUAUCCGAAUAGCUGUUCUCCAUAGGCAGAGGUAUUUGUCACUUGUUCAUGCUGUUCUUUGGGAUUGUGAAAAGGACAUUAUUGAAGGCUUUGAAGAAGGUGUCAAAGAAUUUGACCGAAGUGUGAAGAUGGUGUUAGAGCUGUAUUUGGAAUAUCUGCAAAAAUGGGUUCCUAUGGUCCAGCAUGAGCAGUUCCAAAAGAAUCUUCUUGAAGAAGAGUGGCUUUUUAUUAAAAAAAUGUGUCCUUAUAUUCCAUGUGGAGAGGGUGCAGCAAGUACUAGCUUCUGUCGCAUUGCAAGGGGGAUGUUGGAAGCUGUCGGAGAAUAUCUCACUACGAGAGUAAAAGAACUGACAAAAAUAAUUCACAAUGGGGAUGAAUCAGAUGAGGACAUUUCAGUGAAUAAAUACUCAAGUGCACAUUAUGAAUUUAUUUACAUAAAUGUGUUUGUUUUACAAUUCAUGAUGUGUACCUCAGAGCUUAAGAGGGAGAAUCUGAGCAUUAUCAGUAGAAGGCUGAGAGACUACAUUAAAAAUCGGAACUGCCUUCUGUUAACAUACAUAUACACCAUCAUGAGAUCAUCUGUGAUGAGCAAUGGACUUCUAGAUUGA